UAACGCUCCUGAAAGUCUCACAGUCCACAAGAGCUAUACACAGACUUCCGAUACAAACAUGGAGCUUUACCGAGGCAGCAACGCCAACCAAAUGGAUUAUAACGAUGAUGGCCGCGGACCCAAAUCUGGGAAAAUGUUUGCGAACAACGACGACCGUUUAGACAGCGGUUUGGAUUCGCUUAAAGAGGAAGAAUUCACGGACGUGGAGACUCAAUUCUGUCGGAUGAGUGUGGCCGAGGACGAACCCUGGAGGAAAGUGCUCACCGAAGACGGAGACACGUAUCUACAUCUUGCUGUUAUACAUGAAGCCAAAGAAGCUGCACUGAAAAUAAUCAAUUUGUCCUAUGGUGCCCCCUUCCUCAACAUCCAAAACAACCAGAGACAGACUGCUUUGCAUUUGGCCGUCAUCACAGACCAGCCUCUUAUAGUGGAGCAGUUACUUAAAGCCGGCUGUGAUGCGACUUUAGUGGAUGACCAUGGAAAUACUGCCCUCCAUAUCGCCUGCAGAAAAGGUUCUCUGGCCUGCUUCGGCCUCCUAACGCACGGCUGCCGGCAGCAGCUUCCAGCCAUCCUCCAGACACCUAACUAUAAUGGUCAGAAAUGCAUACACGUGGUCGCCAUCCAAGGCUACCUGUCGUUGUUAGAAAGCCUCAUCCAGCUUGGCGCAGAAAUUGACGCACAGGAGCAGUGUAAUGGACGAACCGCUCUCCACUUAGCAGUCGACCUCCAGAACUUUGAGCUGGUUAAACUUCUAAUCAGCAAAGGCGCUGAUGUUCACAGCUUCACGUACGGCGGUCACACGCCUUAUCACCUGACCUAUGGCCGAGCCAACACAGAAAUCCAAAAAGUCCUGUAUGAGCUCACAGCACCACACCUAAGGGAACUUCCAGAUAGUGAGUCAGAAGAUAGCGACGAGGAUUAUGAAGAACAAUGUAUAUCUGGUGAUGAUGAUGAUGAUGAUAAUAUAUAUGAUGAUAUUAAAAUGAUGGGGCAGGCGUAGAAGGACUUGUGGUGAAUGGAGAAAGAGAUUGAUGUUCUCACUCAAGGUGCCCAGGAACGAGUCCGCGGUGGAGCCCGCAGGGUCUCAGGGGUCUCGGGUGGCUCGCGGCUCACCGGCGGCGCAAGUACAAGACAGAUGUAAAAGGUGUCCCGGAAACGAAGGGUGUAUUAGAGCAACACUGGAGAGAGUCCGACUAAAGUGUACCGUCGGCUCUCGAUGAUGGACCGUACUGUCAGCUGAAUGACUGGCUGUGUUUCUGUUGUACUGUGAUGUAAAAUAUUGUGUAUACAGACAGAUUUAUUUUUAUAUUAACGUGUACAUGUGUAUAUAAAAGAUUGAAACUUGCUUUGUUGUUUUGUGGAAAGAUAUAACAUUUUAAAUUAAAAAUUUCAACUUGA